AUGGUCUGUUUGAUAGGCAACGGUUAUAAAGUGUCUCCACCUUCUCCUCCGGCGACUUCCACUCCUCCUGGCACUAACAUUGGACUCAUCUCAGGUAUCAUUACUGCUGGUGUAGUUGUUCUUAUCAUCUUGUUAAUUGUUUGGAUACUAAUUUAUAGGAGAAGAAAAUUUACAACAAAACAGAAGGAGCUCACUCAAAACACCGCAACCACUACAAAUGUCGCAACAACAUCAAACACAAUAUCAAGAAGAGAGUAUCAGUACCUUCUCACUCUCUCUGAAGUGGAAGAAAGCACCAAUUAUUUUGAUGAAUCUCUCGUCGUUGGAGUAGGAGGAUUCGGUAAAGUGUAUAGGGGAGAAUUGAGGGAUGGAAGAAAGGUGGCUGUAAAGAGAGGGAGUAGAACUUCUCUUCAGGGCAUUCAAGAGUUUAGGGCUGAAAUAGAAACCCUAUUUAAAUUCCGCCAUGGGAAUUUAGUGUCAUUGAUCGGUUACUGCGACGAGAAUCACGAGUUAAUUUUGGUUUACGAGUUCGUUGAAAAAGGAACUUUGAGAAGUCAUUUGUAUGGUUCUGGUCUUCAAAGUUUAUCAUGGAACGAAAGAUUGAAUGUGUGCAUGGGAGCGGCAAAAGGACUCAAUUAUCUACACACGGCUUAUCCUACUGCGGUCAUUCAUCGGGACGUGAAAUCAGUGAACAUUUUAUUGGACGGAAAUCUCAAUGCCAAAGUAGGAGACUUUGGCAUAUCAAGAACAGGUCCCAGUGUCCAUGAGACGCAUGUCAGCACCGGUGUCAAGGGAACUUUUGGAUACCUCGAUCCCGAGUAUUUUAUGCGAGAGCAACUUACAGAAAAAUCUGAUGUUUAUUCAUUUGGAGUAGUCCUCAUUGAAAUACUCUGUGCAAGGCCGGUCAUUGAUCCAUCACUUCCUAGUGAUGUGAUCAAUUUGAAAGAUUGGGCGAUCAAUCAUAUUCAGAAAGGGCAGUGGGAUCAAAUCAUCGAUCCGCAUUUGAUUAUAGGGGAUAUCAAUCCUAAUUCCCUAAAGAGGUUUAUGGAAAUAGCAGAAAGAUGCGUUGCAGAUCGCGGUGCUGACAGACCCUCCAUGAGGGAUGUUUUGUGGAAUUUGGAGUGUUGUCUUCAAUUUCAAGAAGCGGCUUUUCAUGGUUCGGCUGCCGAAGAUAAUUCCGACAGUAUAGUGGAACUUGCUACACAAUAUGCAACACCUGAUUUUUCUUUGACAAUAUCGGAUGAGGGUCGGGAAAGGGGAAGAGGCCUUGGACGUGCUUGUGAUGCUGCGGUUCAAUGUUCAGCUGCGGAAGAUAAUUCAGAUAUCAUAGUGGAACUUGCUCCAACAAAUGCAACAGUUUCUUCUUCUUCCGCUUCUGCAAAUAUCGAGGACUCACCUGAUUUUAUCUGAUGAGGGCAUCUAAAGUUAGUUUUCUUGAUUUUAUUUUUAUUUUUAAAUUAGUACAAUAUUUGAUAUUUCUGCUUGUUUUAUUCACGACAACUAUAUUGAUUCAGUAUUGUAAUUUGAAUAUCCUCGGAUUUAAAUUAUAUGUUUUACAUGACAUUUGAUGGUUGUGAUGGUGCUGAUUUUUCCCUUCCCUUCCAUUAGCUGCUUUUGUUUUAGUUAACUGUAAAAGGAAGAGAAAAAAAAUUGUUAACACAAUAUAGUAACAAUUUUCAUUAAUGUUGGGGUAUUAAAUUAUGACUCGAUGACUCAUAUAAAACUAGUACUAUGAUUUAUACUUUUUGUUAUUCCAAACUUAAAAUUUUGUACUUUUGGUAGUCGAAUAUUUUUAUCUUUAUUGGAUUGCUAUUUUAAUAUGCUUCUUCCACAUGCUAGGUUAGACUUCAAUUUAUUGAUAGUAGUAUUAUAGAUAUUUUAAUACGCUUCUUGCACAAGACUAUAAGAAGAGCAACACAAGUGAUAGUAGAAAGAUAUAUUUUUGCUUUCCAUUUGUCUUUACCUCUUAAUGGCUUUUCAAAAUGUAUCUCUCUUUCAUGCAUUUCUCAUUUCACUGUCUUUUAGCUUUGUUCUUGCAUUUCCAAUCAUGGGCAUAAUGGUUCGAGCAGACAAGGGUGCGACUUUCCCUCUUAUUAUGCCCAUGAUUGGAAAUGCAAGAACAAAGCUAAAACACAGUGAAAUGAGAAAUGCAUGGAAGAGAGAUACAUUUUGAAAAGCCAUUAAGAGGUAAAGACAAAUGGAAAGCAAAAAUAUAUCUUUCUACUAUCACUUGUGUUGCUCUUCUUAUAGUCUUGUGCAAGAAGCGUAUUAAAAUAUCAAUAAUACUACUAUCAAUAAAUUGAAGUCUAAUUUAGCAUGUGCAACAAGCAUAUUAAAAUAGCAACCUAGUAAAGAUAAAAAAAUUCAACUACCAAAAGUACAAAAUUUUAAGUUUUAAAUUUAGAAUAACAAAAAGUAUUAAUCAUAGUACUAGUUUUAUAUGAGUCAUCGAGUUAUAAUUUAAUACCGCAUCAUUAAUGAAAAUUGUUAAUGUAUUGUGUUAACAAUAUUUUUCUCUUCCUUUUACAGUUAACUAAAACAAAAGCAGCUAAUGGAAUGGAAGGGAAAAAUCAGCACCAACACAACCAUCAAAUGUCAUGUAAAACAUAUAAUUUAAAUCCGAGGAUAUUGAAAUUACAAUACUGAAUCAAUAUAGUUGUCGUGAAUAAAACAAGCAGAAAUAUCAAAUAUUGUACUAAUUUAAAAAUAGUACAAUUUUUUAACAAAAGAUCUAGACACAAUCUUCUCACUGAUGAAAUGGCAAUCUAUUUCAAUAUUCCUAGUUUGCUCAUGAAAAACUGAAUUAGCGACAAUAUGUAAGGCAGCUUGGUUAUCGCAAAUAUGAGACUUCUAGAGCUUAUUUUACAAUAGUGUCUCAUAUAAGACCAUAACCUGCUGCAACUUACUCCCCUAGGUUUCCAACAGAGAUUGGGAUUAUAUGUAAUAUGCACUCAACUAAUGGAUUGCUCAUUUUGAUAUGUUGUCUCACACAAAAACUCAUAUGUAGUUGGUUUUUGUAUCUUCUUUUA